GGCGGGCUCGCAGCGAUGGCGGCGGCCUCUGAGGGGGGUCGGCAGGGUGAAGGCUGUCGUACUGUCCCGCUUUCUGGACACGUAGGAUUUGACAGUUUGCCUGACCAGCUGGUUAAUAAAUCAGUUAAUCAUGGGUUUUGUUUCAACAUCCUGUGUGUGGGGGAAACUGGCCUUGGUAAAUCCACCCUUAUGGACACGCUUUUCAACACCAAGUUUGAAGGUGACCCAGCAUCUCACUCACAGCCUGGGGUCCAGCUGAAAUCCAAUACCUACGACCUGCAGGAGAGCAACGUCAACCUCAAGCUGACUAUUGUGAGCACAGUAGGCUUUGGGGAUCAGAUCAAUAAAGAGGACAGCUAUAAGCCCAUCGUUGAGUUCAUUGAUGCUCAGUUUGAAGCCUACCUGCAAGAAGAACUGAAGAUAAAAAGGGUCUUGCACAAUUACCAUGACACCCGGAUCCACGCUUGCUUGUACUUCAUUGCUCCGACAGGCCACUCGCUGAAAUCCCUGGACUUGGUAACAAUGAAGAAGCUUGACAGCAAGGUGAACAUCAUUCCCAUAAUUGCCAAAUCUGAUGCCAUUUCCAAGAGUGAGCUGACCAAAUUUAAAAUUAAAAUCACAAGUGAACUGGUCAGUAACGGGGUUCAGAUCUACCAGUUCCCAACAGACGAUGAAUCCGUGGCGGAGAUAAAUGGGACAAUGAAUGCCCACUUGCCGUUUGCAGUGAUCGGGAGCACGGAGGAACUGAAAAUAGGAAACAAAAUGAUGAAAGCUCGUCAGUACCCCUGGGGCACAGUGCAGGUGGAGAAUGAAGCUCACUGCGACUUUGUGAAGCUGCGGGAGAUGCUGAUCCGCGUGAACAUGGAAGACCUUCGCGAACAGACCCACACACGCCACUAUGAGUUGUACCGGCGAUGUAAACUGGAAGAGAUGGGUUUCAAGGACACCGAUCCAGACAGCAAACCCUUCAGUUUACAAGAAACUUACGAAGCCAAAAGAAAUGAGUUCCUGGGGGAACUGCAGAAAAAGGAAGAGGCAAUGAGGCAAAUGUUUGUCCAAAGGGUCAAGGAAAAAGAAGCGGAGCUGAAGGAGGCUGAAAAAGAGCUGCACGAAAAGUUUGAUCGCCUGAAGAAGUUACAUCAGGAUGAAAAAAAGAAGCUAGAGGAUAAGAAGAAGUCUCUGGAUGAUGAAGUAAAUGCAUUUAAACAAAGGAAGACAGCAGCUGAAUUGCUCCAAUCUCAGGCUCAGCAGGCUGGAGGAUCGCAAACUCUUAAAAGAGAUAAGGAAAGAAAAAAUUAGCUGCUGUUUGGCUGCAUGGUGCAUGAGGCACAUUGUCCUGUUCGGGUUUCCUGUAGAACCUUUCCCUUCACACCAGAAGCGAAUGCCCCCACAUUCGGUUAACACGCGGCUAUGCCAUUGUGCCUGUUUGCUCACCUUUACUCAUUGCUCCCUUCCUGCGCUCACCAUUUUGUUUUAAGCAAGAGUCCGCACCCUUGGCUGUUCUGGGUUAUGGUUGUUCUUGUGAAGAACUCGGCAAUAGCCUACGUGGAACUGGCAAGAGAUGCUCAUUGCUGAUACCUCUUCCCCUCUGGGCAAUAGCAGGCUGCCGAGUGCUCGUAGGGCUAGCGUCCCCUCUUCUCAGUUGCUUGGCUUUUUGUCUCUCCCUCCGUUUUGUGCGAGGGCUGCAUGGUAAGAGAGCGCGGCUGCUUGGUGGUGUGCAUUUAGCUCCUGUCGUGGGACUGCUGUGAAUGCAACCCGAGGCUGCCGUGGGGUGGGACGUGCUGUCUCAAGAGACCGGCUGCCCUCUCCCCUUUUUAAUUGGCUGUAUCUAACCCCUCAUUACCCCCUUCUGUGCUGCCGUGUGUGACUCAAAUAAUUUUAAAGGACUUUUUGCAAAACUUGACACCCUCACAGGCAUGGGCCUGAGUCCAGACCUCUAGUCCCCAGGCUUGGGGGAUUCUCAAACUUGGAUCCACGGUUUGCAACUAAGUGUUCUCUGAAUGCUGCAGGGGUCACGAAGGAUCUCUUGCCUUGUCUCCCUCUCAGUGUGCUGGCCUGGAUGCACAUCCUGGAUCCAAUCUCAGGGAAAGCUGGUCACCUUGCUGUACAUAUCAGUGUUUGUGAAGAAAGACGAUGAUGUUUCUUUGACUUUCUUCUCAGUGAUUCCAACAAUUUCUGGUUUUAAUGCAAAAAGUAUUACCUUUAUUUUUUUUAUUUGGCAUCUGUUUAGAAGUGUACAGAUGCUGGCAGGUUGCUUCUCAUAUUUUCUAUUCAGCAAAAGGCUUGUUUUACUGCAAGAUUUGCACUAAAAAGGAGGGUGUUUUGCUCACUGGGGCCAGGAGUUCACUCUGGCCAAGUGCAACUGUGGUUUGCCUGCAGGUGUCUUCUCUGUGUAUUUCUGGAUGAGUUUUGUUUUUAAAUAAAGACUUCAUCAGACAGUGAA